CAUUCACCAACCCAUGAUAUGUUUUGCACAUGGCUACUGCUUCUAUACCUGCGAUAUCUGUUCUGAGGACUCAUUCCCCCCCUUUUCGAUGAUGCGACUGAACUGAUCUUGCUAUUAUUGCUGCGCUCUCUCCACCUGGCCGGUUUUUACGGCCGAUCACACAAUGGCGGACCAGUUCAAUGGACUCGAUAACUCAUCGAUUCUUUAUCAAAACACAGAUGAUCUGCUAUCUCAUUCUAUCCUAACUCCAUUUUCGGAGCAAAAGUUUGAUCUGAUCGGAACAAAGGCAGAUGAUGCGCCAUAUCAGUAUGAGGGCUACGAUUCGCUAGGCAUAUACGACCAUUAUGAUGAUUCAGGACCAUCUUCUGUGCAUUUUGGGGAUGGCAUCGAGUCUUCAGAGCCUAGCGGAAACCACACAGGCUCCAACAAUAACAUUGUCAGUGGUGAUAUGCGAGCAAACGAAUUGCACGACAUGCCAGGCGUUGCUGGGGUGUCACUUCCCUCAUCGAAUUCACAUGAACCGACUCUGCAACAUAUCCAUAUAAAUGGAAGUCGCGCAAGUCCCUCUAAAUCGAAUGCACAAGAAGCGAAUAGUCCACAUGCCUCAAAAACCGAUACGAUGUCAAUAUCAAAGCAUCACGAGAAGCCUAUGCUUGAUAGUAUCGUAGUCCGAGGCAGUGCUAUUACCCCAGAAAGCUCCGACUCGCCUAAGCCAGUGUCGACUAGGAAGAGGAAAAUAUCUGAUAUUACACCCAAGAAGGCAACGGAAGAAUUCCGGGCGAAGACAUCUAUUCCCGAGCAUCUUACGUGGAUGGAAUAUGCCCGUCAAGGCAUAUUGGCAGCGUAUUCUUCGCGUCUAAACCCGUAUGCUUUGCAUCCUGGGGAGUACAGCUUACUACGAGAGCAUAUCACCCGCCCACAAGUCACGAUAUACCUAAACAUUCGAAAUGGUAUUCUUCGCCUAUGGCAUAGAAAUCCGAUGGUUGGCGUUACGAGGUCAGAGGCUGCAGGCUGCUGCAAAGACUCUCGCUACUUUGGUUUGGCACAAGUUGCUUACGAUUGGUUAAUGCGCAAUGGCUAUAUCAACUUUGGAUGUGUCGAAAUGCAAAACACCGCCCAAUCAAUACCUCGUCAAAAAGCAAAAGGCGGCCGAAGACGAACGAUUGUUGUCAUAGGGGCUGGCAUGUCGGGUCUUGGUUGCGCCCGGCAUCUUGAAGGGCUGAUUGCUCAUUAUGGUGAAAAGUUCACGAGCAAUGGCGAGCGGCCACCAAAAAUCAUUGUACUCGAAGGACGCAAUCGAUUAGGUGGGCGAGUCUACUCUCACCCAUUUCAGAAACAGGCGCGAGGAACUCUUCCGGCAGGCUUGCGGUGCACUGUUGAAAUGGGAGCUCAGAUUAUCACCGGUUUCGAGCACGGCAAUCCAAUGAAUGCCAUAGUACGAGGACAGCUCGGCCUUCCCUACCACGCUCUACGAGAUAAUUCGAUACUUUACGACUACGAUGGUCGUAUGGUGGACAAACGUCGUGACAUAAUGGUCGAGCGAUUGUACAACGAUGUGCUGGAGCGAGCGGCGGUGUAUCGCAACAAGUUGCCAACCGUACGCACAGUACAGGGUGAUGAAAAAUUGAUACGUUUCGGGCAAGAUCCUAAAGAAGCUGCAGAACAUGAUAGUGAGUUAAUAUCGUCUCUUGAGGAUGCAGGCGUUGAGGUCACGGUCACGGACGGAAACCCAGUAUCAACUAAUAAGAGCAACGAUAACGCGGCGGCUGGGGUGGUAAAAGAGGGAGGUAGGUCCUACCAGCUUGCUGGUUCUGCAGCACAUCGUCCAGCUGCUGAAGCAGCUCGCAUUCUUGGGUGGGAUCUCCUUAAAGAUGUGAAUCCAAAUCAAACACUGGAUUUGGACUCCGUAAUUAACGCUUCGCAUCGUCCUACGUUAGGAGAGACAAUGGACGAGGGAAUACGACAGUAUCAAGAAAUGCUAGGGUUGACACCGCAGGAUCUCAGGUUGUUCAACUGGCAUCAUGCAAAUCUCGAAUACGCCAAUGCCGCCAAUGUCAAUCAGCUCAGUCUAGGUGGUUGGGAUCAAGACAUAGGUAACGAGUUCGAAGGCGAGCAUACUGAGAUCAUUGGCGGCUACUCACAAGUCCCACGUGGGUUGUACAGACUUCCGUCGCCUCUUGACGUGCGCUUCAAACAUGCUGUAAAAUCAAUUAAAUAUAGGACGUCCACUAGUUCACCAAGCAGCGCAGCAGUGGUUGUGGAAUGUCGCAACGGCGAGAAAAUUGAAGCCGACGAGGUUGUCUUGACUGUUCCUCUCGGUGUUCUGAAGGAAGAAGCCAUCACUUUCAGUCCACCAUUACCUGAUUGGAAGAGCGACUGCAUCAAACGCAUGGGCUUUGGCUUGCUCAAUAAAGUCGUCCUUGUGUACGAAUCCGUUUUCUGGGACGACGAUCGCGACAUGUUCGGACUUCUCAAUACUUCAGACGAUCCACUCAAUCAGAAGAGCUAUGCCAAAGAUCGGGGUCGAUUCUAUCUGUUUUGGAAUAGGACAAAGCAGAGCGGCCGGCCGACCUUGGUCGCUCUACUUGCAGGAACAUCGGCAUAUUCGGCUGAAGAAACGGACAACGAAAGCCUUGUUCGAGAGGCUACAGCUCGUCUGGCAAAGAUCUUCGCUCCGGUCAAAGUGCCUGAACCGUCAGAGGCCUUUGUCACGAGAUGGAAACGUGAUGAAUUUGCUCGUGGUAGUUACUCUUACGUAGGGCCUGACACCAUUGCUGGAGACUACGAUGUGAUGGCAAAACCAGUGGGGCCAAUACAUUUUGCUGGAGAGGCGACGUGCGGUACACAUCCGGCCACUGUCCAUGGCGCAUAUAUAUCUGGUCUCCGUGCUGCAUCGGAUGUAAUGACUUCCCUACUUGGGCCGAUCAAUUUCGCAACACCCCUUGUACCCCGCGGUCCAGUCAAGGUUAAGAGCGAGCCAGCGGCGAACAGCUCGCCUUUUCCGGGAGCUAAGAAGCAAAAGGGCUACGUUGAUAUAUGGGAGCCAAUCCUUCCCCCACCAGAUCCAUCUGCCGAGGCAACAUUAGAGAGUGAAGUAGAGGAGUACGAAGCUCGUCUCAUCAGUGCCAUCUUUGCAGAACUUGGAGAUCGGCCAAUCAAACCGGAGAAGGGAGCAGCAAACCCAUACCUCAUGUACCAAGACGACGAAUGGUACAACAUUAAGUCGCGCCUUGAGCAACAGACGGGUAGGAAGCCGACACGAAACGAGGUUAGAGUUGUUCUGGGAGCCGAGUGGCGCAACCUGCCAGAAGAGAAGAAGAAGCCAUACAUGGAGCGCAGCAUCAUCCAGCGAAAUUCGCAAAUGGAGAAGAUGGCAGAGUAUAACGAGAAGAGCAGGACUUGGGAUCAAGAAGCGGCGCGUAUCAGACGCGAGUUCAUGCUUAAGGAUCCACCCAGCCAACGUGUCAAAGAGAAACUCGAAGGUCGCAGCAUCAUCGAGUUUGGAGGCGGAGGGAACAGGAUCGGGCGUAAGGUGACCGAUCUGAAAUAAUGACGACAGAAGACAUUGGAAUGAUUGUCCAAAGACGCGUCGAGUGUAUUUCUUUUGGCAUUUGCACAGCAUAUAAGCGAUCCGCUCCGAAGCGUGGCGGACCGCAGAUAGCAUUUUAUUUUCGGCAGAGUCUCAUCCAUCCAUAGCAUCGACCACGAGGCGUUUGUUAUACUCGUGGAACGCUGAAGGAGAAGGGGAGGGGGAGAUACUGUACACAUAUAAGCUGGCAGUUUGUUCGAGUCGUGUUACUAAUGAAAUCUAACAUUCUGCAGCAGGGAAGGCACUUGCGGGAAGACGAAGUUAAUCUAGCAUAUUAACUCGAAGACGUCAUAUCUUGUAUUAUUAUUAUCAUCAUCAUCGUCAUCAUCCCCUUUGUAUAUUCUUCCUUGCUCCAGCGCAAUGAUGAACGGAAGAAUAGUCUAAAGUACAGUAAGAAUACCAAGCGCG